AUGUCUUACGCCGACGUUGCCAGUUCCAAUCUGCCUCCAAACCAGCCUCGUCCGGACCCCGCUCUCCUCAAUACUGAGUCUCCCCGCACGUCCACCAUCGCAGACGAUACAUCCAAAGUCAAUGUUGUUCAUCCUGAUUUUAGAGAAAAUCCGGCGACGGUCACAAGUGAAACAAGACCCCCACCAGACAGCAAAAGGGAAAGGGAACACGCUAAACCAAAGGUUCGCAGACAUCUGCACGAUGCUGAGCAAGAAGGGUUCCAUUUGUGGCAAGUCGCCAAACAGUAUCUCUUAAGACCCGGAGUUGCUGGCGGCCUCGUGGGUCUUGUCAACAUCGGUCUAUUGGCCAGUGUUUCUCGUUCCUUCUACACUCAAUCACACCUACGUCGAGAAACUAAAGCGAUCUCCAGCACCAUCGCUGGAGCGCUUGCCAUCCUAGCCCUUGAGGGUUAUGCUGCUGAGAAAUAUCGUGAAACACCUGCAGGCCGGGAAGAAGAGCGUCGCGCCAGGGAGGAAGGUGCAGUCGUCUACCGACACCUUCGCGAACACAUUUUGAGGCCUGGAGUUCUCGGGGGCCUCGUUGGUCUAAUGAACGUUGUUGUUCUUGGCACCGUUGGCUAUUUCUCUUACAUCAACUGGUCUAGGCCUUCUUGGGACAGGCGCGUCGUGUCUGCAGUUUCUGUGGGUCUUUUGACCCUAUGGGGUAGUGAGGGCGCUAUCGCAGAAAGAUACCGCUCUUCACGACGUUAA